GCGGGCAAUAGGCUUUAGGCUUAAUAGCUGUAGAUAGAGAGAGAGAGAGAGAGAGCUCCUUCUCCUCCUUGAGCUCGCUCUCUGCUUCGAGGUCUUGGCCAAUGCCGUUGGAAUGAAUGUGAAAUGGUGCUAUGAAUUCAUGGCCUCUUCUCACUCAUCGCUGCUUCACAUUCAUUCCUUUUCCCUUCGGAGAAGCUUCAGAUUAUUUGCCAGAAGCUUCUCAAGCAUUCAGAGUCCAAAGAAACUUGAUUCACUCCGCUUUUCUCCAAUUAAAUCCCCAAAGGGCUACUGUAACAUAUCCUGUAGUUUUAAUUCGGCUUUACCGGGAGUUGUUCGUGAGAAUGGGGAUGCUGCAUUUUACUCUAAAAGUGAGCAAGUACUAUGCGGAGAUAUGCCGCUAGGUUCAGUCAAGCAAGAAGAGAAAACAGUGAACAGUAACCCUUCAGAUGGUAGAGUCAUGCUCAUCGAUGGCACAUCAAUCAUUUAUAGAGCGUACUAUAAACUUUUAGCAAAGUUGCACCAUGGCCAUCUGUCACAUGCUGAUGGAAACGGAGAUUGGGUGCUAACCAUCUUUUCAGCACUUUCUCUUAUAAUUGAUGUGCUGAAGUUUACCCCUUCCCAUGUGGCGGUGGUGUUUGACCAUGAUGAUAAGUGGUCAAACUUCAAAAUUAACGCACUCAGACCUCUUUACAGAUGGAAAAAUUUCCAUAUAUACUGUGGAGUUUCAUUUGGUCAAACUUGUAUUUCAUCCAAAGAAAAUGUUAAAGGAAAAGGGCUGAAUUUUCGUCAUACUUUAUACCCUGCAUACAAGAGCAAUCGCCCCCCUACACCUGAUACCAUUGUCCAAGGCCUUCAAUACUUGAAAGCUUCCAUUAAGGCUAUGUCCAUUAAGGUGAUUGAGGUGCCAGGUGUGGAAGCUGAUGAUGUGAUUGGAACGUUGGCUGUUAGGAGUGUUGAUACUGGGUACAAGGUACGGGUUGUCUCCCCAGACAAAGACUUUUUCCAGAUCCUAUCUCCUUCAUUACGUCUUUUACGAAUUGCUCCACGUGGCUUUGAUAUGGUUUCAUUUGGCAUGGAAGAAUUUGCUAUAAAAUAUGGAAGCCUUCAACCUUCUCAGUUUGUUGAUGUGAUCUCACUUGUUGGUGACAAAUGCGAUAAUAUUCCAGGAGUUGAUGGAAUCGGAAACGUUCAUGCUGUGCAACUCAUCACUAAAUUUGGCACAUUGGAGAAUCUUUUGCACUGUGUUGAUCAAGUUGAAGAGGAACGAAUCAGAAAGAUCUUGAUAACAAGUGCUGAUCAGGCUGUCUUGAGCAAGAACUUGGCACUAUUACGUUCUGAUCUUCCAUUCUACAUGGUACCUUUCACCACAAAUGAUCUGGCAUUUCAAAAGCCUGAGGACAAUGGGGAGAAAUUCACGAGCCUCUUAACGGCUAUAAGUGCAUAUGCGGAAGGAUUUUCAGCUGAUCCAAUCAUCAGGAGAGCAUUUUACUUAUGGAACAAACUAGGAAAAACAUAAUCAAGUUUUAUAGGUUUUCAAUGGGUCAUAGUAGUAGGAAGCCUAUGCUGGUUGCAAAAGUCAAAAGCACCGGAAAUGCAUCAACUUCGUAUGGCCUAUAGGUUCAACACCGGCCCUCAUUUCUCAUAGCAGCUUUAUGUUUUGUGUGAAUGUUAUCAUGUAUAUAUAUAGUUCCUAGUUCUUCUAAUUAAUUUAAAUAGAAGAAAAAGGAUUUGAAAUUACUUGGGGCCAAUGAUGCU